GGUGAAUGCCGAGGCCACCCUCGCUGGGCCUCCUCCGUGCGCCUGCACACCUGGCGGGUGGCGUCCCCCUCCCUCUCUUCUCUUCCCCCUUCGUCCCCCCACACACCGUUCGCCCUGCUCGAUGGAUAUCAAGAAACUGUUACGAUCACCCAGUCCCGCCACACCUGUACUUUUACAUGACAUGCACCCAGAGGUCGGUCGAGUGGCCCUCCAACGUUGUGGGACAUUUCCCGUGCUCAUACCGACACCCCCCUCCCAGAACUACACUAGAACUAAUUCUACUUCGAGUACGCCCGCAUCGAAGCCGGCCGCGGCCACGAGCGCACGCCACGAGAGUGGCAACGCCAGCACCACGAUGAACGUACGCGACGCGCCCGCCAAGCCUGUGGCACCUGGGCCGUCCGACAAUACUGCGGGCCCUCCCGGCAGGCACCCGCCCGACGAUCCCGCCGCUAACUACAUCGAACGAGAUUUGCCCCGGAGGCCCACCCCCGCGGAGAAGGCGCGCGAGAACAAGAUGCGCGCCGACGCGCUCUGCGAAAUCUCGAGCCCGCAACUGGUCCGAUGCCUCCGGUGCCACUCGUGGAUCAAGCUGUCAGCGAAGAGCGCGUUCGAUCCCGCGCAUUGGAACAAGCAUCGCGAGCGGUGCAUACGGAGGCCAGAGUCGGUCGUCGAGGAAUUGCGCGAAACGAACGAUCAGCAGGCACCGUUCCCCUCGGACGUGAAGCCACCCAAGGUGGUCAAACGCAAAGCACUACCCACACCUUCUCCAACUCCAGAACGCGAUGCCGACGAGACCUGCAGCGCAAGCGUGGCCGACGCCCCGUUCAAAGAAGACUCACCCCUCACGCAAUUCUCCGAUAGCACACAAGCUAGCCCCCCGCCUUCUCCGACGCCCGCCCCGACUUCCCCUCCGCUCACGAUCCCCGAUCCCGGGCCUGUCUUCGAAGAAUACCUCGCCCGCUCCCAGCGUCGGCCGACACGUGACCUGGCCUCGCCGCUGCGGAGGAACUGGCAGGAAUGGAGCUGGUCGCAGCUCAAAAAGCCGGUGUGGUACCCCGAGUACGACGACUCCGAUGACGAUGAGGAAGACGAUCGCCGCCGGGUGCCGGUCUCGCACGCGCGGGCUUCCCCCCGAGCCGAGCGAUCGCGCGAGAGCAGUGCGCCCUGCUGCGCGCGCCUCCUUAAUGACAGACGCGAUGCUGCCGGCGCCGCGGGACCCGUGGGCGGCCCCGGACGGCUGUGAUGACGAAUUUCAUGAUGAUUUCCCGAGUGCAUAUGAUGAUGUACAAACUAUAAUGCCCAGUCUUCCGUUCUCACAUGUUGUCUACGCGCUUUGAAUGCUUGCUUACUUCUCCUCCCGAGUCGUCUCCUGCUGUCGACGUACUUUUGGUCUCUAUCUAUCUCACUCAUCUAGUCCCUUGCUCAUCUGUGUUGUCGUUGUAGCAUAAAUGACGUUGUUCAUUUGA